AUGGGGACUGGGGCUUCUAAGAACCAUUCCGUGGAGAAAGAAAGUGUGAGAGGCAAUGUGGAAAGACCCAGCGUGGUGCAGAAUGAUUCCAUGUCCACACUUGCUGAUACUACUGCAAUUAAACAACAGAUUGAACAUCAGAAAGUGGAGGAUGAAGAGGUUUUAGAAGACAUUGAAAGGAUGGUACAACCUUGUCAAACACAAAAUUAUGCUGAACAGGGCAAACAUGGUAUACAAGAUGCUCUGGAAACAGAAGAUGUGUCACUGACCUUUGAAAGCUUUCAGCACAAAAAUGGAACUCUCUACACAUGUUUCACUCAGAAUGGCAUCAGAAUGUACUUUGAUGAUGAAAAGGGGAUCGUUACAUUUCCUGAAGAACUGUACAGCCAAGGGAAAUUCAUUCACACUCAAAGUGAGGCAGACAAGACGAGCGAUAUUGUUCAAGUUGAAAGUAAUGGUACGGCAAUCCAUCUGCAAAAUGAUCGGACUAGUUCUUUAUAUAUACCUGGGAAAGGAAUGGUCAUGACGUAUAUAUUUGAGGAAAGAAUGAAUGUCUGCAAAUAUUUUGACAAUGAUUCUGGUGCUUGGCUUAUUUUACCAUUACUUUGGGAAAUGAAUUUGGACUUCGUCCUGAAUCGUGUGCAGCAAGUGAAGGAAGCCCUUCCUCUCAUCACCGACUAUAAGGAAAUCCUAGCAGCUUUGAGACUGUGUAAUUAUGAUCCUGAUGAAGUCAUCUCAAUGUUUUAUGCAAUGUUUGACGAUAGCCUUGGAAACACCAUAAAUGGGCAGCAAAACUUUGAUCCAGCUAUCCUACAAAGAGAUGUAGCUACAAAGGAAAAACAGAUACAACUUCUUGAUAAGAACUUGCAAGAAAAGGAAACAGAACUGGAAAAUUUACACUCAAAGUGCAGAUAUUUAGAAGAAGAAAAGCGACUUUUACUUCAACGUACAGAAGUCUUAAAUGAAAAAGUGACAAAAUUGCAAGAUGAACUUGAAAAAUACUUGAAAGAAAUAAAUGAUAUCAAAAGCCAAAAUGUUCAAAUAACAAAUUCCAUGAAAAAUAAUUUACCUCUAAGAAAAGACCUACUGCCAAAAAUGUUGAGUGAAGCCCGUCACCUCUAUGUGGAAAAUGAUCAAUUAAGAGUCCUUACUGCAAGUGGUCUGUCAGAAAUUAGCCUAAUUAUAGAGCGUCUGAAGAACACAGUAGUGAAUAUGCAUAGCUCUACCAAAGAAAUAGAAGAGAUCCGCACUCUAUACCAGAGAGAGACCUUAGAAAGAAAGUUACUGUACAAUCAGCUUCAAGAACUUAAAGGAAACAUCCGUGUAUUCUGCAGAUGCAGACUUGAUGAUGAAAAGGGAGGACACCUAGAAUUUCCAUCAGAAGAAGAAAUCAUUGUGAAUCAAAAUGGAAAUAAGAAAAGGUUCAGAUUUGAUCAGGUGUUUCUGCCACAAUGCACUCAGGAAGAUGUCUUUGAAGGAACUUUACCAAUUAUUAAGUCAUGUGUGGAUGGCUACAAUGUUUGCAUAUUGGCUUAUGGUCAGACAGGCUCAGGAAAGACAUAUACUAUGAUGGGAAAUGAGCAAAAGCCAGGAGUCAACAUCAGAUCCAUUAGAGAGCUUCUGCGCAUAUGUCAAAAGAGAGACAAUAUUAAAUAUAUUACAAAGAUUUCAAUGCUCGAGAUCUACAAUGAAAACAUAUGUGAUCUUCUUUCACAAAAUGGCAACAAACAACUGGAGAUCAGAUCACAGGGGAAAGCAGUAACUGUCCCAGGACUGGCUGAAAUUGAAGUAUUGACAGAAGCUGACAUUAAAAACACAAUCUUAUUUGGUGAGAAGAACAGAACAGUGGCAUCAACCAAAAUGAAUACAGAAAGCUCACGUUCUCAUUUGAUGGUGAUCUUAAGACUGAAUGGUAUAGAUAGCGUCUCAGGGGCUGUCUCUAGCUCUACACUUACACUGUGUGACCUGGCAGGAUCUGAACGCAUAUCAAAAACGGAAGCCGCUGGUCAGCGUUUAGUGGAAGCUGCCGCAAUUAAUAAGUCUCUCACUGCAUUGGGACAGGUUUUUUCAUCUUUAAAGACGAACUCCAUGCACGUUCCCUAUAGAAACUCCAAACUUACCCAUCUUCUGCAACCAUCUCUUAGUGGCCAGGCCAAGGCUUGUGUUUUUGUGACCAUCAGUCCUGAUAUAAAAGAUAUUGGAGAAACAAUUAGCUCUCUUCAGUUUGGCUCCUCCAUUCAGCAGAUAGCACUUGGCAAGCCUACGCCUCAUGUUUCCAACGUAAAGACUGGGCAAUGA